AUGAGCAAGACGUACUCGUACACCCGCGUGACAACCCAUUCGAACGGAGUUCCGCCGAAAAGCCCGCCGGUCGAGGAGCCGCCCGUCUAUUCGCCCAUCUAUUCUUCCGUCUUCCGCACUCCGCUCCGCGGCUCCAGCUCCACCAUCAACACGGCCAGCUCGACGAGCUCCAGAAUCCCGGGCGCCGGCGGAUCGGUGCUCGGCGGCGGCGAUGAAAGGUUAUUUUGCGCGUUUUUCAAAUAUUCGAUAAAAAACGGUUUCCUUGCUAAUUUCGACUGUUUCAGGCUGAAAUUUAGGCCCAAAGGCGUCCGGUAAGCACUGAAAAACGUUGCGGAAAUUGAAAAGCCUUAUUUUCUUUGAAAUUUUCAGAGAAAAUUAAGGUUUUAUCAUCGUGAAUUCUGUAUUUGAACCGAGUUCUUGAAAAUAAUGUCUGGUAGAAUUUCGAAAUCCGAACUUUGAUUUCUGUGAUCGUGAUUCACAAUCAAGUGUUCUAACUUUUUCCGGGUGCCAGCUGAUCCUCCCCCGCACAACACCUACUUCUUUUGCUCUUUUUCUUCGUUUUCGGUGGGAGCCCACCACCUGCUGUGAGCUCGCAACGGGCGGUGUGUCGGAAGCGAAGGAGGAGAAGAAGAAGCAAAAAUAUAUAUAAAAGCUGUCGAAUGGACCACAUUCUUCACUUGUUAUGUUCGGAAAACCCCUUUUUUCCUCACAGUUUUCAAACGACUUUCCGCAACAAAUUUACAUUUUCCACUCGCCCAUAAUCGUAUUAUCGUCAUCAAUCGAGUCAUCGUUUCGAUAGUUUCAGUUUCGAUGUUUCAGUUCGCUCAGUUUUCGCCGCCAAAAGCGUUGGGAAAUGCGUAAAUUCCAGAAUAGGCAAAAAGUGAUAAGAAUUUUUGAGCUGAUAAAAGUUGGAGAAUGUUGCCAAAUCGGCGCGCGCUUCUUUUGAUGAUUUUAUGAGUUUUUCUUGCUCUUUGUAGCCUAAAUUGUGCUUUUGUCAUUUAUUAUAGGGGCACCGGACAGAAAGGGCGCGCUGUUAGCAAUCUGGCCGAAUUUCUAGGCCGCGAAGUAAUUUUCCACUGAAAACGUGGCUUAACUUUUCAAACUCGGCCCCGAGGUCGCUCAAUUUGCACUGCAAAAGGAGUUUCUCAACAGAGCGCCAUUUCUGUGCGGUGCCCCUAUAAUAAAUAGUGUGAUUUCUGAGGAAUUGCUAGCUCUUAAACAAACUCCGACAAAAUUCAUAUUCCCAUGCUGACUGAGGAACAGUUUCAUCACUGAUAAGACUAAUGACUCAUCCUCCUCCUAAAAAAUCACUGCUCGCAUCCUUCCCAACCCUCCGAGUCUGUGUGUCGAAAAGUGAUCGGAUCUCUCGGAAAGAAAGAAGAUAUUUAUCCGUUUGUCUGAGUACACAAAGCACAAACAAACUCCCUUUGAUUUUCGAGAAACAAUCGCAUUUCGGAUGUGAUUCUAGCAUAUUCUUUACGAGCAAAAACAAUGUGUUCUCGUUUCUCAUAAAAAUGAGCCAGAUGUGUUUUAUAUGCACACACACACACACACACAUUUUUCCCCCGCAAAAUCACCUUGGGCGUGUACUGAUUGCGGCGCCGUAUUUAAAGAAAUGGGAGGAGCGCGAGAAGAGCACACAAAAGAAAAAGUUCUCCGAGGGGGCGAGCAAUCAGUUCGCUGAUAUUGUCCGCUAACUAAUAAUACUAUGGCUACUACUAAUGCUCAUGAUGCUUCGGCUCAAAAUACUCCGAGAGAUUUGGCCGAAAUCUCGGAACGAUUUGAGAAAUUAAGAGCUCGUAGCACCAGCAACAACAUGGCCACCUACAAUACCACUUCGUCCUACAACAGAACCUACGAGAAGAAGGUGAGAAAUAUGUAAAAAAAAAAAUAAGUUGUCGGAAAGUUCCAGAGAUUUCGAAGCUUCUGUGACAUUUUUGACUCCCCAGAGACAUCAAAUUUGUCACCAAAACUCACUCUUCCCGUUCUUUUCUCAACGUUUUGUUUUUCUAGGUCAUCGAGGAAGGAUCGCCGAACAUCCGUGUGACCACCCAAACUCAUACUGCUCUGCCAGGAAUUCCGGUAAAAAAUUUGGACAUUUUUUUUCUAAUUUUUUGAGUUUCAGGACAUCGGCAACAUCCACUCGUCGAUGCUGUCCAACUUUCCGAAUCUGGCCAUCUCGAGCCCGUCGGUCGUCGGAUCCUCCACUCUCAGUGAGCAAUUUGUGAACAUUGUUUGCUAAAAAUUGUCAGAUUUUCAGCCGGAAACAUUACUGCGAUCCGUGUGACCAACACAAGUUUCCACGCCACUUUGGACGUCUCCAAGUUUGACGCCGACUCGCUCAAGGUUCGAUUUUUGAUGGAAAUGUGGGGAGAAAUGUGGGGCAUUUGAUCAUUUAGUCGCUGCUCUUCAUGUUUUUUGUCGCUAUCGACAUUUUCAAUUUCAGUGUUUCAGGUGACCGUCGUCGACUCGAACAUCAUCGUGGAGGGAUCGCAUGGCGAGAAGGAAGACACCUACGGAACCAUCGAGGCCUCUUUCAAGCGUCGUUUCCCGCUUCCGAAGGCGGUGCCGGCCGAAUCGGUGCAGAGCCAGCUGACCGCCGACGGACUGCUCACGAUCGACGCGAAGGCUCCGGAGCCGAAGCAGGAGGGAGCUCGUCCGAUCCAGAUCAAGGUCAUCAACACUGCCGAGCAGCAGAAAUAA